UCUCUCUCUUAAUGUUUAUAUAUUUUGCUCAUAAUCUGAGGGAAUAGGGCAAAUCCCGACGCCGAUUCCACUUGCUUGGUCUUGCAAAUCAUUUCCUCGCUUCAGUUUUCGUUCCAGAGACUAUGAAGAUUCGGACCAAACACUUCGUUUUCUUCUCGAUUCUGCUAUUUUUCCUGCAUUCAUCUUCAAUCUCAGCGCAAGAAGUUGAAAAUGAGAGAGAGUUCGAUUACAUAGAAGGGAGCGACAAAGGGCCAGGACACUGGGGAAAGCUAAAGAAAGAGUGGGAAGCUUGUAACAAUGGAGAUUUGCAAUCUCCCAUAGAUUUAACAAGCCAGAGAGUGAAGAUUAUUCCAAAGUUGGGAGAGCUAAAUAGAAGCUACUAUCCUUGCAAUGCAACUAUAAAAAAUAGGGGCCAUGAUAUUUCUAUAUAUUGGGUUGGUAAUGCAGGGUCAAUCCUGGUAAACGGGGUCGUUUAUGAUCUUCAACAAUCCCAUUGGCACUCACCUUCAGAGCAUUCGAUCAAUGGAGUAAGGUAUGACUUGGAACUCCACAUGGUUCACCUGAGUUCUGAUCCCAAUGUGAAGAACAAGAUUGCUGUUGUUGGUCAACUCUACAAAAUUGGCCCACCAGACCCUUUUCUCUCUCAGCUGGGUAGGGACAUAAGCGGCAUGAUUGAUCAGAAGCACGAAAAGAAGGUGGGAGUGAUGAAUCCUGCCGACAUCAAGUUUGGUGGAAGAAAAUACUAUAGAUACCUUGGUUCUCUCACUGUUCCUCCUUGUACCGAAGGUGUAAUUUGGACCAUGAACAAGAAGAUAAGGACAGUGUCAAGGGAGCAAGUAAAACUUCUAAGAGAGGCUGUUCAUGAUUAUGCAGAGUUCAAUGCGAGACCAUUGCAGCCUCUCAAUAGUCGACACAUCCAUCUUUAUCGUCCAAUUCAAAGAACUAAAGGCUGAUUAUCCAAAUUGUAUUGCUAUUUCUCGCCUAUUUGUUAAUUGGUUUUUUUAGAUCCUACUUUUUAAUUGUUUAAAAUAUGCUUUUAGUUUUGGUAAUUGGAACUGGACCUUUAUAUAUAAUGUUUUAAUUACCAUAUUUUCGUUGAGUUUGAGUUUAGGUUAAAUUACAAAAAUACUUAUUAACUUUAUAUGUUGUUUGAAAUA